UUUCGCUUGCGUGUAAACAUAAUCAUUAUAAUUUUUUCUAUUGUUGCAUUGGAUAUUGGAUAUGGUGAUAGCCGUUAUAGCUGAUAGUUGUAGAAUCUGUAAUAAUAACUGUAAUAAAUUGAGCAAAUGUGAACGAGUAAGGUUGGUGAAUAUUUGUGCUGCUGCCAUUGGGCAUAAAAAAACAGCUUCCGAAAGGCUAAAAUGCCUCUAAAAUCGUACAAUUAACUAGCUAAAUCGACUUAGCCAACGAAAGUGCUUGGUGUACUGUAUAAACAUGGUGAUAGCACCUGUUCAAUAAGAAUUUUCCAAGAGCCAAGUAAGCAAAAUCCACUCAUACGCACAAACACAGGCGUGGAAGAAACGGGUUCUAAUAAAAAUAGCUAACAUCGCACCAAUACCAACAAGCAACAGAGCAGCCAGCUUGCAAAUGGACGGCGUUAAGGUUGAGGCAUUCAUUAAAGCUGAAGAACCCCGAGCGAUGCCUUUGAUUGGAAGUGGCAGUGGAGCAGCGGCUGCUGCAGCUGCUGCGGCCGCCGCGGCGGCCUCCCUCAGCGUGGAGCUGUGUCUGGUUUGCGGGGACCGUGCCUCGGGCCGCCACUACGGGGCCAUUAGCUGCGAGGGCUGCAAGGGCUUCUUCAAGCGAUCCAUACGCAAGCAGCUGGGCUAUCAGUGUCGCGGGGCAAUGAACUGCGAGGUGACCAAGCACCAUCGGAAUCGUUGCCAGUUCUGUCGGCUGCAAAAGUGCUUGGCCAGCGGCAUGCGAAGUGAUUCCGUUCAGCAUGAGAGGAAACCGAUUGUGGACAGGAAAGAGAGCCUGAAUGCCUCUGUUGGCGGGGGCUCCUCCACAUCGGGCAGCGGAGGGACAUCCUCCAGCUAUAUAUCCAGCAAGUCUGGCUACCAGCAGGCACGUGGCAAGCAGCACACUGUCAAGGCCGAUACCGCGGCCACACCCCCCGUACCGAGUAAUGCAGCAACGCCUUUCGGCCUGAAUGACAAUCUGUUUGGCCUGAAUUUUGCCGAACUGACGCAGACGUUGAUGUUUGCCACCCAACAGCAGCAGCAGCAACAACAGCAACAACAACAGCAGCAGCAACAGAGUGGAAGCUAUUCGCCAGACCUGCCCAAGGCAGAGGUAGAAGACGAUGACGACGACUCGAUGGACAAUAGCAGCACCUUGUGCCUGCAACUCUUGGCCAACAGUGCCAGCAACAAUAACUCCCAGCACCUGAACUUCAAUGCAGGGGAGCCGACAACGACACUUCCCACCACCGCCACACUGGGCCUGAUCAAGAGCUCCCUGGAUAUGCGGGUGAUCAACAAGGGUCUGCAGCUGCUGCAGCCCAUCCAGCAUCAGUUGGAGCGCAUUGGGGGCCAGGGAACAAGCCUCAGUGUGAAGCCCGAAUGCGAUUCGGAGGCCGAGGACAGUGGCACCGAAGAUGCCGUCGAUCCCGAGCUGGAGCACAUGGACCUGGACUUUGACUUCUGCAAUCGCAGCGAUCUUAUGAUAAAUGAAGCGGUCUUCGAUCAGGAGCUGUUCACCGAUGCCCAGUGCACCUUCCAUGUGCAGCCGCCGACCUUGGUGCACUCCUAUCUGAAUAUACACUAUGUGUGCGAGACUGGAUCUCGCAUCAUCUUCCUCACAAUUCACACGCUGCGGAAGGUGCCCGUCUUCGAGCAGCUCGAUUCACACAGCCAGGUAAAGCUGCUGCGCAGCGCCUGGCCAGCUUUGAUGGCCGUGGCCUUGGCCCAGUGCCAGGGUCAGCUGUCUGCCUCCACCAUAAUUGCUCAGUUCAUCCAGAGCAUUCGGCAGUUGGCGGACAUUGAUAAGUCAGAGCCGCUAAAGAUAUCCAAAAUGGCCCAUCUCACUCGCGCCCUGCACGACUUUGUCCAGGAGCUGCAGAGCCAGGAGGUGACAGACAUGGAGUUUGGACUGCUCAGACUUAUCCUGCUCUUCAAUCCCUCGCUGCUGCAGCAGCGCAAGGAGCGACAACUGCGUGGCUAUGUGAGGCGCGUUCAGUUGUAUGCUUUGACCAGUUUGCGUCGCCAGGGCGGCGUCGGUGGGGAGGAGCGCUUCAAUUGCCUGGUUGCCCGCCUGCUGCCGCUAAGCAGCCUCGACGCCGAGGCCAUGGAGGAGCUAUUUUUCGCCAAUCUAGUGGGACAGAUGCAGAUGGAGGCCCUGAUUCCAUUCAUCCUGAUGACCAGCAACAGCAUCGGACUCUAGGGGGAGCAGGGGAAGAACACAUGAAAGACUGAAGAUGGACCAAGUGCGGGCAAUACUUAGCAAUUAGAGAGAAAACCCAUAAUAAUAUACCUAUAUAUUUAAUAUAUAUGUACAACGUAUAUACACCUUAGCCUAAAACAAAAACAAAACCACCAUAUAUGAGAAAUUUGGGUUUAUUUUUUGUUUUUUCUGAAUUAAAAUGAAUCAAUUCCCAAUAA